GCUUUAGCCCAUCCGUUUCAUCAUCGCACGCCACACACCGGUAGGUUGUGUGCCGGUUGCCCCGCCGCCUGCCGUGUGCCGUCGCCGUCGCCGUCGCCGUCGAGGUUCUCGUCUGAGGAUCCAGUGGUGCUUUCGCAAUCAAGCGGCUACCUUGUUGUGUGGCCGGCCGCAAUCGAAGCAUUCCUUUUCGGGCCACAGUCAGAAGCAAGCCCUCUUUCGAUUCCAAUCUCCGAUCGAGUCGCCACCGGAGGCGAGAUCCAAGCCGCGCAAGCUAUCUCCCUCACAAGAGUUCGCCGGAGGCACGCAACUCCCGGGACAUCGCGAAACCUCUCCGGCGAUGGCGAGCACGGUGGAGGCCAAUGAAGAUGAUAGGCUCAGCAAGUUGCCUGAUGACGUUUUGCUCAACAUUGUUGAGCGACUUGAUAUAGCUGACGCUGCACGAACGACCAUCCUCUCCAGACGCUGGAAGCAGAUCCCUGCUAUACUCUCAAAAAUUGUUAUAAUGGCUGCUUCUUUUGAGCCCAAGCACAAAGAAUGGAGCAAGUUAACCUCAGAUGAUAUCGUUCGGGCCAACACCACCGUGCUGGAAGCAACCAGGAGCAUACUGGAAAGGAGGGCUGGAAGUCUGUACCCCAUUCACCUGUUGCGCAUUCAAUUCUACCUGGGAGAUGAGUCCAUUUUAAUUGGCCAGACUGUUGCCAACACCAUGACAACACAAAAGGUUGCUUCAGCCGAGUUAACAAUCUUGACGAAGGUGCGUAAAAAGUGUGCCAAGAAUGACCUGCUCACAUAUGGGAAGCAGUUCAUGUCAUUCUUUGAUGCGUGUCCAAACGCAUUUGGUGGUCUUGUGCGCCUCACGCUAGAGAAUUUGAGGUUAGGAGAAUCUGACUUCCCCAAAAUUUUCAGUAUGUGCAAGCAACUGGAGUUCCUCUCCCUCUACGAAUGUGACAUGGGUAUUCAGUCUUUUCUGGAAGUGGAACACCCGCAACUCGGUGAACUAGUUAUUGUCUGUGGCCGUCUUGAGAGGGUUGAUCUCAAGUGGGCACCAAAGCUCACAAAACUGAAAUUUAAUAUAUUUAGAUGUAAAGAUGACCCCUUCUGUCUCGGCUAUGUCCCACUGCUCCAGACUGUGUCCAUCAUUAAUGUUGCUUUCACUUGGCACAAGAUGCUCAAGUUAAGUGAGUUGCUUGAUAAAGCUGCCAUAAGCAAUCUGACUUUGGACUUCAAAAGCGAAAAGAUUUGGGUCAAACCGGAAGGUCGAAGACAAUUGUUACCGGUGUUCCACAAACUCAGGAUUCUGAAUUUGAUUAACAUUGCUGAAGAGUGCGACCUGACUUGGACAAUGUUCUUACUGGAUGGUGCACCCAACCUUAAGGAACUACACAUCUUGGUGCGGAAUCAUUUAUGUGAAAUGAUAACGGGGAAACGGAGGGAGUUGCCUGUGGUUUGCAAGGAGAAGGACAAGGGACUAGAGUGGGAACCAUCUACAUCUGAUUUCAAGCACCACAGCCUGGCUGGGCUCAGUAUCUAUGGGAGGUUUCAUGCAGUAGACAAACUGGUGCGCUUUGCGAGAAAUGUCGUGGAAGCAGCGGUGAAUCUGGAGGACAUAAGACUAUAUAAGAGUCCAGUGUGUGUGAGGUGCAAGCACAUGCUUCAGGAGUGGACAUUUGAGGAGACGUCUUGGCUUAGCUAUGAAUUCAGAAAGGAGAUACCCUCGGUCGUCCGUAUUCACUUCCCGAGUUUAGGGCAAGUCUUCUCAAAAUAAUGCUCUUGCACUGCAAGCUGCUUGCAGUUUACAGGAACUGUUGUAUGAUUCAUGGAUUAACUGUCACUAGUGAACCUUUUCAAUUAUGCGUGUUUUGAGAUGGUACCGAGUCAAGGAGGAUAAGGUGUACUCUUGUCAAGUACUUUUAUCAAAUGGAUAUUGUGGAUA